AUGUGGAGACGGAAGCACCCGAACAGCUUCGGAGGAACCCGGGGAGUUCUGAGUGGUAAUCGAGGGGUUGACUAUGGCAGUGGGCGGGGUCAGCUGGGUACGUUCAAAGGGCGUUGGCGGAAAUUACCGAAGAUGCCCGAAGCCGUCGGGACGGACCCGAGUACCUCACGCAAGAUGGCGGAACUGGAGGAGGUGACUCUGGACGGGAAGCCUCUUCAGGCGCUGCGGGUGACCGACCUGAAGGCCGCACUGGAGCAGCGAGGCCUAGCCAAGAGCGGGCAGAAGAGUACCCUGGUCAAGCGGCUCAAAGGGGCUCUAAUGCUAGAAAAUUUACAGAAACAUUCAACACCCCAUGCUGCAUUCCAGCCAAAUUCCCAGAUUGGUGAGGAAAUGAGCCAGAACAGUUUCAUAAAGCAGUAUCUGGAAAAGCAGCAGGAGCUGCUUAGGCAGCGUCUGGAACGUGAAGCUCGAGAAGCUGCAGAACUUGAAGAAGCUUCAGCUGAGUCGGAGGACGAGAUGAUCCAUCCUGAGGGAGUGGCUUCCCUGCUGCCUCCUGACUUUCAGAGCAGCCUGGAGAGACCAGAGCUGGAGCUCAGCAGACAUUCGCCCCGAAAGAGCGCCUCUAUUUCUGAAGAUAAAGGUGAUUCUGAUGAUGAGAGACCAAGGAAAGGGGAAAGACGAUCAUCUAGAGUAAGACAGGCAAGAGCAGCUAAACUUUCUGAUUGCAGCCAGGCUGCUGAGGAGGAAGAAGAUCAAGAAACACCAUCCAGAAAUCUGAGGAUCAGAGCAGAUCGAAAUUUGAAAGCAGAGGAGGAAGAAGAGGAGGAGGAGGAAGAGGAGGACUUUUUUUUCUUGGGUGAGGAAGAAGAGGAAAAUGAGGGACAAAAAUCUAAAGAAGCACCCAUCUUGAAACAGUCUGAGGCAGAAGAGGAGGAGGAGGAAAUGUCCAAAGCAAAGCCAGAGCAAGUGGUGGAUGAGAGACCUAAGCCCAUAAGAUCCCAGGAACAAGAAGGGUUAGAGAGAGGAGGAAUAGUAACAAGGUCCCAGGAAGAGGCUCGAAGAAGUCAUCUGGCCAGGUAUCAGCAAGAGAACGAGAUAAAAAUAGCUUCUCCCCUUAAAGAGGAAGAAAAAGAAAUUAAAUCUUUGAAAGGCUUGGAGGAAAAAUCAAAGUCCCCUUCUCCUCCUCAGUUGACUGAAGAUCUGGAGAAGGUCCCUCUUGUGCUACAACCAGAGCAAACUGCCAGUGAGGAAGAGACUCUUCCACCUUUACUUACCAAGGAAGCCUCUUCACCACCACCUAUUACACAACUCCAGAGUGAAGAAGAAGUAGAGCCCAUGGGAGGCCCAGCCCCCCCUGUUCUUGUUCAGUUAUCUCCUCCAAAUACAGAUACUGAGACCAAGGAGCUAUUAAUAUCUCAGCAUUCUGUUCAGUUGGUGGGAGGCCUGUCUCCUUUGUCAAGUCCUACCGACACCAAAGUAGAAUCUCCUGCAGAGAAAGUACCAGAGGAGAGUGUCCUAUCUCUAGUUCAGAAAAGUACACUGGCUGAAUCCUCAGUAGAGAAAGGUCUUGAAUCUGAGUCAGAAAAAUCAGCUCAGCCACUCCCUCUAAACAUUGAAGAAUUAGCACCAGCCAAAGAGAUCACUGAGGAAUCUCAGAAACAGCCAUCUUUGGAACAAGAGGGCAGAAUGGCUACACAUACUCUUUUCCUGAGCCACAGAUUGAAACCGUCAGCUCAUUCCUCACCGUCUAGCCGGUCUUCCUCAUCUUCGUCCUCCAGUUCUAGAUCACGAUCUCGCUCUCCUGACAGCUCAGGCUCUCCAUCUCAUUCACCUCCAAGAUCCAAGCAGAGAGAUGGAUCCCUGGCACAUUCUCACUCCAACCCUCGUAGUAGACCCAAGAUGGGCUCUAGAUCAACAUCAGGGUCCAGGUCCCGUUCUCGUUCUCGUUCACGUUCUCGUUCUCGUUCCGCCUCAAGCAACAGCAGAAAAUCUCUGAGCCCUAGAGUCUCCAGGGACAGCAGUACCAGCUACACUGAAACCAAAGAUCUCUCUUCUGGUCAGGAGAUUGCAACUCCACCAAUGCCACAACUGCAGGUCCUUGAGCCAAAGGAGAGGACUACCACCUCCUCUAUCCAAGUGAGGUGCAUGAGCCAGUCUGAGUCAUCUGAAAAGCAUGUGACCCAGAGGUUACAACCUGAGCGGGAGAGCCCAAAGAAGUAUGAAGCUGAAGAGGCAGAGCCACCAGCUGCUACACAACCCCAAACUUCAGAGAUUCAGACCUCUCAACAACCAGAAUCAGAAAGAAUUCAGCACACUAUUGAGGAGAAGGAGGAAGUGAACAUGGACACAACUGAAAACAGACCUGAAAAUGAGGUUCCAGAGCCCCCCAUGCCUGUCGCAGACCAAGUCAGCAAUGAUGACCGCCCUGAGGGCAGUGUGGAAGAUGAGGAGAAGAAAGAGAGUUUGCUGCCCAAAUCAUUCAAGAGGAAGAUCUCCGUUGUCUCAGCUACCAAGGGGGUACCAGCUGGAAACAGUGACACAGAGGGGUGCCAGCCUGGUCGGAAACGACGUUGGGGAGCCAGCACAGCCACCACACAGAAGAAACCCUCCAUCAGUAUCACCACUGAAUCACUCAAGAGCCUCAUCCCCGACAUCAAACCCCUGGCGGGGCAGGAGGCUGUUGUGGAUCUUCAUGCUGAUGACUCCCGCAUCUCUGAGGAUGAGACCGAGCGCAAUGGUGAUGAUGCGACCCAUGACAAAGGGCUGAAGAUAUGCCGAACAGUCACUCAGGUGGUACCUGCAGAAGGCCAGGAGAAUGGGCAAAGGGAAGAAGAGGAAGAAGAGAAGGAACCUGAAGCAGAACCCCCUGUAAUUCCCCAGGUUUCAGUAGAGGUGGCCUUGCCCCCACCUGUGGAACAUGAAGUAAAGAAAGUGACUUUAGGAGAUACCUUAACUCGACGUUCCAUUAGCCAGCAAAAGUCUGGAGUCUCCAUUACCAUUGAUGACCCUGUCAGAACUGCUCAGGUGCCCUCCCCACCCCGGGGCAAGAUCAGUAAUAUAGUCCACAUCUCCAAUUUGGUUCGUCCCUUCACGUUAGGCCAACUGAAGGAGUUGUUAGGAAGGACAGGAACCCUGGUGGAAGAGGCCUUCUGGAUUGAUAAGAUUAAAUCUCACUGCUUUGUAACGUACUCAACAGUAGAAGAAGCUGUUGCCACCCGCACAGCUCUGCAUGGAGUCAAAUGGCCCCAGUCCAAUCCCAAAUUCCUUUGUGCUGACUAUGCUGAGCAAGAUGAGCUUGACUAUCACCGGGGCCUCUUGGUGGACCGUCCCUCUGAAACUAAGGCAGAGGAGCAGGGGGUCCCACGGCCCCUGCACCCCCCACCCCCACCCCCAGCCCAACCACCACAGCAUCCCCGGGCAGAGCAACGAGAGCAGGAGCGGGCGGUGCGGGAACAAUGGGCAGAGCGGGAACGGGAAAUGGAGCGGCGGGAGCGAACUCGAUCCGAGCGUGAAUGGGAUCGUGACAAAGUUCGAGAAGGACCCCGUUCCCGAUCACGGUCCCGUGACCGCCGCCGUAAGGAACGUGCAAAAUCUAAAGAAAAGAAGAGUGAGAAGAAAGAGAAAACCCAGGAGGAACCACCCGCCAAGCUGCUAGAUGACCUUUUCCGCAAAACCAAGGCAGCCCCUUGCAUCUAUUGGCUCCCGCUGACUGACAGCCAGAUUAUUCAGAAGGAGGCAGAGCGGGCUGAACGGGCCAAGGAGCGAGAGAAGCGUCGAAAGGAGCAAGAAGAAGAAGAGCAAAAGGAGCGGGAAAAGGAAGCCGAGCGGGAACGGAACCGACAGCUGGAGCGGGAGAAACGUCGAGAGCACAGUCGGGAUAGAGAAAGAGAGAGGGAUAGGGAAAGGGAACGAGACCGGGGGGAUCGAGAUAGAGAAAGGGACCGGGAACGAGGCAGGGAGAGAGAUCGCCGAGACACCAAGCGCCACAGCAGGAGCCGGAGUCGUAGCACACCUGUGAGGGACCGGGGUGGGCGUCGUUAG